GUAAGAGGUAACCUGGAAAGUGGGAGCAGCGCUUCUCUUGUGCUGUGUGUGGCUCACGUUUUGGUGCUGAAGGCCGAGACUAUUCUGACGACGGCGACGUCUGCGACUCUCGAAGGAGUGGCGGAGUACGGUCUGGAGAAGGGGCUUCUGGCCAGCCCAGGCAACUGGAAGGUGAAUACGAGAGAGGCAGAUAUACACUGUACGGGAAGCUUUGCAAGGUUCUGUCAUAAUGAAUGGAUCCAGUGUGGCCAAUACAUCACCCAGUGUAAAAUCCAAAGAGGACCAGGGGAUAAGUGGGCACGAUGAGAAGGAAAACCCAUUUGCAGAGUACAUGUGGAUGGAAAAUGAAGAGGAUUUCAACAGACAGGUGGAGGAGGAGCUGCAGGAGCAAGACUUCCUGGACCGCUGCUUCCAGGAGAUGCUGGAUGAAGAAGACCAAGACUGGUUUAUUCCUUCGCGAGACCUGCCGCAGGCCGUGGGACAGUUGCAGCAACAGUUAAAUGGCCUUUCAGUCAGUGACAAUCAUGAUUCUGAAGAUAUUUUGAGCAAAAGUAACCUGAACCCAGAUGCCAAGGAGUUUAUUCCAGGAGUGAAGUACUGAGCUGACAGAAAGCUUUGAGGAGGACUUGAAUGUCUGCUGUGUGUGUUUAAACCAAAUAAGCUGACCAAGAAAAAACUAGGUGUUUAAGAAAUGCCCUUUUCACCCUGCUGUAUACUUAGAAGGGCAAUGAACACCUGGAGAACUACUUGUCGUAUUUGCUAAUAAGCUGGAUGGGAAGAGGGACAAGUGGAAGAAGCAGGUGGCAAACCAGAACACACAGCUCAGUUCCCUCACCCCUGGAGGUAUCCUGCAAUGAACUGGGAUUACCAGGAGCCUGUUGAGCCCACUUCUCCCUGCCCCGAAUUCCAUUCAAGAAAACAGAGUCUUAAGGUACUGGUUUACAGUAACUCUUGAUGGUUGAUGAAAGUUGUAAAUCAGAAGGGGAGGACUGUGAUGGCAAUUGUCACUUGAGUCAUUCAGUUACUGUUGUCCUACUCUUAAGCCUCUGUUUACAGCUACCAUCAGACUCAUCAUUUACAAGGUAAAAGAACACUGGGGUUGAUUUGCCACCUCAUCCCUUAUGGUGUCUAGGUACUCCCCGUCUCCUGUCCACCCCAACCAUACUCUGAUUUAUCAGGAAAAGACAUCAUUACCAAAGCUGUAUGAGAGGCAUGCUGUGCUGGCCAUCCAGCUGAGCCUGGAGAAGUCAUUCUUGAAUCUUGUUAGUUGUGUCUUAAGUUUAUUUUGCACGAUUAUAUAUUUUUCCAGCCCCAUGAACACUUGGUCCCCUUGGUAUCUCCAUUCCCUUAGAAAAGUUUUACGCACGUUUACAAGUAAAUCUAUUUUUCAGGACAUUAGCAAGAAGCUUUUGGGUGCUUCUCCCCACCCUGUAGAAUUAUGCAAAGGAACUCAAAAAACCCUAGGAGAGUGAGGGCUGCUUUAUCAAGGUGACUAAUUGUCAGGAUAUAUCCACCUGUUAUAAAAUUUUGCAGUUCCCAUACACCCCACUUUGCGAGCUUGUUAGUCCCGCUCUCUGGGUGUGUUCCUUUUACCUUUCCUGUCUAUAACUCACUGGGGUUUUUGUUGAUACUCAUAAGGAACUAAACUGGGCAUCAGGAGCUGCCUUUGUGUAAUAGCGAUGCAGGUGGCAGAGUCAUGAUUGAAAGAGAUUGAGUCUAGUCCUGGCCAUUCUCCCAGGACUAAGACUUGCAGAGGCCUGAGGAUGAUAGUGGCUUCUGUGUGACUGCUACUGUAUGGUGUGAUAGGCCUAUGAGGAAACGAUCACGUAACUUGAAGUCUGUAAAUUCGGUAUGUGGAUGUGGGACAGAGGUUGGAAAGAAAGGACUGGGGUCUGGAAAGCUUAACAAAUUCUCCUUUUUCUUAUGGGUUCCCUUGCUGACUUUCUGAACAGCGACAGGCUAAUGACAGAUUUAAAAUAUGAACUAUAGCUUUUCCUCGUUUGAAUCUGUAGGAUAGCGUCGUUUGAAAAACGGCCUUCCUUGUUAGGUUGUAUGUCAUAGGAGAUUAGCUUGGGGAGCGGGUAUUUCCAGACAAACGCAUUAAUUCCUCAAGCAUCUACCUCUAGAGAAUGGAACCGUUAACUCUUCAGGGAGGGCUAUGAAUAAAGAAACUUCGUUAUUCCAGCUUCAGCUUUCAGCUGAUGGUUUCCUCUACUACAGAGGGCCUUGGAAGUGCAGAGAGAGAGGUCUCACUCUCCUGGGGCUGCUUUUCCUCCCUCAGCCUCCAUUAGCCUGUCCAACUUCAGAAUUCGGAAGGCUGUUGAAAAUAUGAUGACAGAAGGAGUGCAUUCUCGAGACUGUGAGUGUCUCCAUCAUAAAGAGGGCAAUAGACUCUUGUUUGGCUCCCCAUCUGGAAGGUCCUGCAGGAAUCUGGAGUUAAGCUGUUUCUUCGCCCUUGAGGAGGUUCACGCUCUGACAGCAGGGUAGGCUGUGCUGCUAGGUACAGUUCAAGGGGCUUGCCUUUCUUACUGCUGUGCUAUUCCAUGUUGCAUGUUGGUCUCUGGCAUGGUUUCACAAGGCAUAUUUGGUUAGGACUAAAAAAGUUUUCCUGUCAGAUGAGCAGUGGAGCCUGAGUCCUAUUCAAAGAUACUAACUUCAGGGUCAGGAAGCGGCUUACAGUGCGACCCCUUUUUUAAUGUAGAGAAAGGACUGGGGUCUGAAAAGCUAUAAACGGUUCCUUCUUGUAGCCCAGCUCUUUUCUCCAACUAUUUUGUGUUGUGAGGUGAGAGCACGGUUACUACCGAGAUCAUAGGCUCAGCUAUUGUUAAGAGUUUGCCAACUUCUUAGCAGAAAAUAUACUUGGGUUUUGUUGGACCUUCACUGGGGAAAGUCUGGUAGCCUCAGUCUGUCUGACUUUUCCUCAUAGGAAAGGUUCUGAGUGCAGGUCGGGCUCAACACCUUUACGUUUUAAUGGUGAGGCAUAUAUUUAUUUAUAAGUGAUUAUUUUGAUGUGGAAUUUAAGCCACUACUCCGUUCAAACUUUUUUUUGCUGGCAACUGGAAGUUUGAGAAUUUGUAUAGAAAUAGAACUGUGUCUUCCUAACAGUUGCCAGCUCUGGCUGGUCCUGGUAUUAAUUUAUUAGUGAUUGAUUUCCGAUCAUUAUGAUUAUUUAUUUGACUCUAAAUCUUCAAGAUGAAAAUUAUUUUAUCUCUUUUUCUUCAAGAGGAAAAAAGAUCGUAGAAAUGCCUUUUUUAUUUCUUCAGGCCUUUUACCUGCAGCAGAAAACUUAAUGGGGACAUCCUAGGCCUGAGCACAUGCAUACCUGGAUCUGUGGACCAGUUUCUGACCCACAGCAGUGGACUUUUGGGGAUCACAUCGGGUCAAACGAGAAAUAAUCAUAGGAAAAGGCUGGACCAUUGCAGCAUCUUUCGUUUCCAAAGUAAAAACUGCUGGGGUCUCCUUAAUUAAGAUUACAUUGUUAACUGUGGCUUGAAAAUAAAACUUUUAGUGACUUACCAAGCAGCAUUUUACGAAUCGUAUAUUGCACAAUCAAAAGUUUUGAUUGAUUUCGGAGAGGCUGGGAAGUAAGGUUCUAGAGAAAGUGGCAGUUUGCUUCCAUAAAGAUUUACAGCCUUGGAAACCCUAUGGUAGUUCUAGUCUGUCCUGUAAGGUCACUAUGAGUUGGAAUUGACUGGACAGCAGUGGGUUUUGGGUUUGGGGUUUUAGGUUAGUUGAAUACUCUGGCAAUUAACACGUGUCAAA